UCAGCUACCUCUUUCUCUUCUCGCAUCACAUCUUGGUUGGACUGCAUUGAUACAGAACAUCAAUUCAGUCGCAAUCAUGUCUCGCAACAAGAGAGGCGGCGGAAGAGGCCGGGGUCGUGGCGGCGGUGGACGAGGUGGAGGUGGUUCUCGUCAGAACCAGUUCCAAGACAACCGCGUCUCUUUCGACAAGGUCGACAAAACCAACGAGAAGUUUGAGCGCUUCUACAACUCCAUUCCCAUUGUUCCAGAGGGUCCCGAACGGGAUGCGUUCUGGAGGCAUUUGCGCAAAGAGUUGCCCAACUCAUGGCGCUUCACUGGUUCCAAAGGCCACGCGCUGGGAGUUCGACACAACUUGGUCAACCGCUUCUUCCCGGUUUUGAAAGGCAUCAAACACGAAGGACGACCCGUCGAGCUGCCUCAGCCCAUCGCAUGGUAUCCCAAUGGCUUGGCAUACUCCAUGACGACCCCGAAGAACGUUGUGAGAAAGUACGAGCCUUUCAAGGAUUUCCAGAAAUUUUUGGUCAGCGAGACCGGAGUUGGCAACAUCAGUAGGCAGGAGGAGGUGAGCAUGAUACCGCCGCUACUGUUGGAUGUGCAGCCCCACCACACUGUGUUGGAUCUGUGCGCUGCCCCGGGAAGUAAGAGCGCGCAGUUGGUCGAGCUCUUGCAUGCAGGAGAGGAAGACAGAGUCGCCAAAGCGCUUGAAAGCGUCAAGAGCAGCGAUGCAGGGGGCGUAGAUAUCGGAGAGGAUCACGGCCGCUCCACAGGUAUCCUGGUCGCCAACGAUGUCAACUAUCAACGCGCGCAGAUGUUGGUGCACCAAGUGAAGCGCCUGAACUCGCCCAAUCUGAUCGUCACGAACCACGAUGCGACCAUGUACCCCUCGAUCGCAUUACCCUCGCAGACAGAUGGCGCAGGAAACAAGGCAGGAAAGUGGCUCAAAUUUGACCGCAUCCUCGCCGAUGUUCCUUGCAGUGGCGAUGGAACUUGCAGAAAGAAUCCGAACAUUUGGAAAGAUUGGACACCGCAGAAUGGCCUGGGGCUGUAUGUCACGCAAGUUAGGAUCUUGACGAGAGCAUUACAAAUGUUGAAGGUUGGAGGCAGAGUCGUCUACAGUACCUGCAGCUUGAAUCCGGUGGAGAAUGAGGCCGUUAUCGCGUCUGCUAUUGAGAGAUGCGGCGGAUCUGCCAAGAUCAAGCUCGUCGAUUCCUCUGACAGGCUGCCAGACCUCAAGCGAACUCCCGGACUCAAGGAUUGGAGUAUCAUGAACCGCAGUGGUACGAUCUAUGAAUCAUGGGCCGAAGCUGCAGGCCUGGAGCAAGAGGGCAGUAGGAUUGUCCCCGGAAUGUUUCCUCCGGAACCAGAAGAGAAUAUUCCGCUUGAGAACUGUUGGCGUGUAUACCCUCAUCAGCAGAAUACUGGAGGAUUUUUCAUUGCUGCUCUCGAGAAACUGAGUGAGAUUCGUGCUAAGCCGGAAGAUGAGAGCAAGUGUCAGAACAAGAACUGGACCUUCGUCAAGGACACUGUGCCCGAGAAGACUGCAUUCACCGAGACACUUGCAGAGAUCGAGAACGGUCAUCUUGACGAGCCGAAACGUGUGGAUGAUGUGCCUACAGUCACGGCCGCUCCUUUGCAGAACAGCUCAGCCGGCGAGACCUCAACGGUGGCGGGCGCUAAGAGGUCUGCUCCGGAAGACGAAGCACCUACAUCUCCUUCGAAGAAACAACGGACGAACGAAGCGGCGGCCGCGCCAGAUGUUGCCAUGACUGAGGCUGGUCAAGAGGCCGGCGUGAGCACGGAAGUGAAGGAUGCUGUCAAGGAAGCUCCUUUUGAGAAAACAAUACCCUCUGACGCUGUUCAACAGGCGAAGCGCAGAAACAACGACGCCAACGAGGAGGCAUUCAAAUACCUUGACGCCGAGCAUCCGGAACUGGUGGGAAUCUACAACUUCUACGAGCUGCAUUCAGCUUUCCCAAGAGACCGCUUCUUGGUCCGCAAUCCUGCUGGAGAUCCCGUGAAGGGCAUUUAUUACACAGCAAAGCUGAUCAAGGACAUACUCAUCUCCAACGAAAAUCGUGGCAUGAAAUUCGUGCAUGCUGGUGUGAAGAUGUUCAUGAAACAAGAUGCUCAAGGGCAAGACAUCUGUCGUUGGAGAAUUCAAACAGAAGGACUUCCCAUCAUCGAGGGCUGGGUGGGCGAAAGUCGUGUCGUCAGGUUGCAGAAGCGCAGCACACUCAGGAAGCUUCUGGUAGAGAUGUUCCCAAAGGUGGCGACCGACAAGAAUGAGGAUGGCACCGAGACUGGAGGCUGGAAAGACUUGGGAGAAAUCGGCGCAGCAGUCAAUGCACUUGGAGGUGGAUGUUGUGUGCUGAGGGUCGAAGCCACGCCCAAUCCUGGUCCAGACGAGUUCAGUGACAACUUGACCCUACCGUUGUGGAGGAGUAAAGCCAGCGUCAAUCUCAUGUUGCCUAAGGAAGACCGGAGAGCGAUGCUGCUACGCAUUUACAACGAGGACGUCGAGCUUAUCAACCAUUCCGACCCGAAACAGAAUGGCGGCAAAGACGCCAAGCGCGAACCGAAGCCUGAAUCCAAGGGCAGCAUUCCAGCUCAGGAUGUAGCAGAAGAGACCAAAGCACGCAUGAAGAAUGAGGACGUAGACGAAGAAAAGAUCGGAGGUGUACCUGUCGAUCAAGCUUCGGCUGUGCCGCUUACAGAUGCUGGUAUCACUGCACUAGAGCAAGACCUGGAAACUGCAAGGGACCACAUCGAGGCGAAGAGAUUGGAGGUCUUGGAAGAUGAAGAUAGGAAAAUCGCGGAAGCGAUGCCAGAGCGAGCGGACGACCUAGACGGCGACGACUACAACAAGACCGUCUGAGUCUGCUGCGGCUCGACUGAUUAUCUUUUGGACAGUCUCACGAAAUAACGACUCGGCAAGACCUGAGCAGGUGUGGGUUGAGAUAGAUACUUGGCUUGUAUAUUUUGUAUCGGCACGGCUGUGUUGCAGGUGAAGCCCAUGCCACACAUCUGACCCCUGCAAUUCUUAUGCUUGACAUGUCUCUGCGAACGAGAUUGUGCAUGACGAUUCUGUCAAUCUCCUUCUCUCAAAGCACGUUCGGCAGCAAAGGCGAGAGCGAUGACCCCACUUCCACGUGCGCGAUUGACAGAACUC